UUAAUCGCAGUUAUAACUGACUAUUCGUUGUGUAUAUUAGUUAAAGCGGGGAAUAUUGUCGGCGUUAAUACAUAUCAAGUUUCCCUAAUAUCCUUACUCUUCAUAUUCUUCAUCCUAUCGUUUAUAUUCCUGCGAAUCGAAACACUUUCGGAUACAAUACCGCGGAGUAAUGACGCCUACGAUUUGGUGGGCAAUGGCAUCACAGAAUCGAUUGGCAUAAUUUCGUUUGUCACCUCUAAACUAAUGUAUUCAAUGUCUAAACCCCUGACCCUUACCCACACAGCAUACAUGUGUCAUCACAGCUCGUUUCUGGUGUACGAGUCGAUGGAGAAUCCGACCCAAAAUCGGUGGAAUAAGAUAACGCACAUCAGUGUCAGCGUCUCGUGUCUCAUAAUACUGUUGUUCGGUGUCUUCGGUUACACCACAUUCACGGGCUUCAGUCAGGGAGACCUUCUCGAGAACUACUGUAUGUCCGACGACUGGGCAAAUGUGGCCCGAAUUCUCUUCUCCACCACAAUUAUGCUCACGUAUCCCAUCGAGUGUUUCGUUGUCCGAGAGGUUCUGGAAAACGCCAUUUGGGACGGAAAACCGCCGGAAACCAAAUCGCAUCACAUUAUGAUAACUGUGGCAAUAGUGGCCACUUGUUUCAUAUUCUCCACAUUCACCGACUGUUUGGGUAUUGUUCUCGAACUCAACGGUGUAUUAGCGGCGGUUCCGUUGGCAUUCAUACUGCCGGCGCUCUGCUAUUUGAAGCUAGACUCGGGCCGUCUCCUAGAGUGGCGCAAAGCACCCGCAUUCCUGUUGGCGGUGUUCGGCUUCGCGGUGGCCAUAAUCGGCACUUUCUUAGCAAUGGUUCGAGUCAUCGAUGGCGUCACAUGCAGUCACGGCAAGGAAAUGGACUACUGUUUGGCGCCGCACAUCCAAAACAAGACCACAUCCAUACUCUUGUCGUUGAUGAACACCACCACACAGACCACACUCAAGCCUUAACCGUACGGACGUUCCCCUUAACCGCUAUUAUACACAACAACUCCCGAACCAAAGUAUAUAUUCAGUAGACUUUUACAAACAUAAAACUACAGGAAAAGGUAUGAUUCCUACGGUAUGAGUGAGUUAUGGACACCGGUAUAGUAGAUGACGACAGCAGAGGCUAACAAUUUAGCGUAAUUUAGGAAAAUGAGCGCACAUUUUGGGUACUGAUAACAGUGUAACAGUUUUGGUGGUUUCCGGUUAUAUCGACACAAUGUCAGUAUAAGGGGAGAGAAGUCUACUGUAUAUAUAAGAUUAUAGCGUAUUUAUAACAAUUAAAACCCUAAACAUCAUAGGCUUUAAACCAAAAUCCGACACAAUUAAUGACAAAACAAAUUAUAGUUAAAAACCAACUGUUAUUUAUUUUUGUGAUAAUAUAUAUAUUUCUCA